CCAAGAUGGCGUCGCUGUUUGCAGCAAAUCCUUUUACAACUUCAGUUGGGCAAAGAAUAGAAAAAGCGACUGACGGUGCCCUUGCUUCAGAAGACUGGGCAUUGAAUCUAGAAAUAUGUGAUAUAAUAAAUGAAACAGACGAAGGGCCGAAAGAUGCUGCUAAAGCUAUCAGAAAACGCCUCACAAAUAAUAAAAACUUCAAAAGUGUUCUUCUAACGUUGACGGUACUUGAAUCAUGUGUGAAAAACUGUGGGCAUCGUUUCCAUGUCUUGAUUGCUAAGAAAGAUUUCCUUGAUGAAAUAGUCAAAAUACUUAACCCCAAGAAUUGUAACUUUGGCUUUGCAUCACAUCUUUUUACGAGUGACCUUAAAUCUUCACAAGGACAAACUGCAGCCCCCAGAGGGGUACUCCACAGGAUUUCCCAAACACUAACACAAGAACACAACAGUUUGACAGGCAGUUAUGAUUACACAUUGACUACUUUCUCUCAAGAUUUCCAGAGUAAACUUGAUCAUCUUUUGAAGACACUGGUACAAGCUGAACCAACAUUYAUACGCUGCAUUAAGGCUAAUAACGUUGCAAAACCAGAAGUAUUUGAUCGCCAUGCUGUCAGUAAACAGUUGAAAGCACUACAAGUAUUUGAAACKGUGCAGCUUUUACAGUCUGAAGUGGCACACCAUUCUCGGUUCGAGGCGUUUUUCAAUAGAUACAGCCAUCUAUCGAAUCGUCCUCUUGGUGGUGUUGAGGAGACUGGACCUGAUGACUGCGCAGCCAUCCUUGAAAGCUUACCAGAAUCAUCCCGUCAUUCCUGGGUGGUAGGAAACAAAUACGUCUUCUUUAGUGACAUCGUUCAGCAAGAACUCGACAGUUGCGUUUCAAAAGGACAACUAUCAGCUGUARUCAUCUUACAAUCGGCCGUACGUGGAUGGCUGUGUAGAAAACAAUGGAAAAACUUAAAACGAUCGCUUGAAAUGCAGAGAAAGGCAAGACAGCAAACAAGAUCCAACCAAAAGCAUGGAACUACUAGACACGUCACGUCGUCACGUCACGAUGUGAGUGUGGACGCAAAGACUGCAGAGCAAAUGUGCUGCUUGUAUGGCCUUGAUAUGGAAACACCUCCCCCAUUACCCAAGAGCAGGCCCUAUACAGUGAUGGGUAACAUGAAGAUGGGUUUUCCUCAAGCACGAGUCAUGAAACAAGACCUUAAAGAUGGCGAAGGACAAGUUUUGUUACGUAAAGGAGAACAAGUCAAGGUUGUCGGUGCUGCACGUAAAAGAGGAUAUCUUCUGGUGGAGCAUCGAGGUGGUACCAAUAUACAAGUACCAUUCCAGAUCACUGAACUAAAGGUGUCUCCUCACUCUUCCCCUCGGUAACCAUGGAUACAGCUCUCUCUCUCUCCAAGGUAUCCACGAACCAGAUCUUUGCAUUUAUUACAUCCAAGUAGUUCAUGGAAAAGAUUCGACGCUCGUCGAGGUUAUGUUGCAUAUUGAUCGUUCGAUACUGUCAUUGCAUCAUGGGAUGGACGUGUGUGUAAUAUUAUGGGAUGUUUUCUUGUAUUGUGAAUCAAAUCAACAUCAUCGAUCUUUGUUGGUUUUACUUUUGCUUCCAUAACGGAAAAAUAUACUUAUGUUUCACUUGUAACAUGACUGUACAGACUGAUUACAGAGAAUGAUGUACUAUACAAAAAAUGAACAAUUYAAGAGUUUUACUUUUAUUAAACUUUGCUAUUUUAUUCUUGGAAAGUGAUUGUAUAUAGCACCUAUCAAUGGGUGAUACUUGAACAAAACUGGGUAUUUUAAUACCACUAAAUAGCUUCUAUUCAUUAAAUGCUUUCUCUAAACACCUGAUAUGCCUUUAUAUGAGCAGCUGAAUGGUUUUUUUUAGCAUUUGAUGGGUUGUAUUGUAGCACUUGAAAGGUUUAAUGAGCAUUUGAAUGGUUUUAUGAGCACUUGAAAAGAUAUACGUGGACACUUGAAUGGUUUUAUGGAAGUACUUGAAAGGGUAAUAUGAGCACUUGAAAG